AUGGGUGAAUAUAAUAUUCCAAAAUCGUUACCAUCAGAUGAACUGUGGUUAAAAGUGAUAAAUGAAGGUGUAGAAGAUCGUGUAGAAGUUAAUCAACGAAUGCUGAUUGAUAAAAUGUUGGCUCGUUACUCAUCUGAUUUUGUUGUUUAUCGGGAAUUAAUUCAAAAUUCCGAUGAUGCUCAAGCAACUUCAUUUACUCUUGAAAUCACGUGUGAUCCUUUUACUGCAACACAAACUUAUGAAUCGAUUAAUAGUGAUUAUUUAUCAAUGAAUCAAGGACAAACAAACGAUACAUUGGAAGGUAUUGAACAAUCGAUUAAAAACCAUUUCGGAGUAAAUACAAUUUAUUCUAAUCCAGACAAAAAUGAUCAAACUCCAACUGAAAAUGAUUUUAAUAAUUGUGUAAUAACUGAAAUCCGUGCAGUAAAUAAUGGUCAUGUGUUUAGUGAAGAUGAUUGGAAAAGAGUGAUAACCAUAGCUGAAGGAAAUACCAAUGUUGAUGCUAUUGGACAAUUUGGCGUUGGUUUCUUUUCAGUUUUUUCUUAUUCUGAGCGACCAAUGAUUCAAUCUGGAAAGCACUGUUUAGCAUUCGUUUGGCAAAAUGGAAAAUCAUUAACAACAUUCCGAAAAGAAUUACCAUUUGAUGAAAAAUCAUCAUCAACUUCAAUCAUUCUUUCUAUGAAGAAUAAAUAUAUUCUACAAACAAAACCAAUACUAGAAACAAACGAAAUAGAUAAUAAAAAUACUAAAAAUAGGAAAGUACACGUCAAAAGCAAGAGACGGACAAAAUCAAAAAAAAAUACAAUAACAAAUGAAAUAGUACCUACUUUGGAUUUAAUACAACUAAAAGCUUAUUUCACAAAAGUUCUUGCUUUUACUAAAUAUAUAAAUGAAUUAAUUAUUAAAAUAAACGGUACUAUUGUUUUUCAAGCUAAUAAAACAAGAAAAACUUUAUCAUCAACGAAAUUAUCAACAGGAGCAAAAAAAAUCAAUUCCAACAAUGAACAUAAUUUACUUCGUUUAAAGUCAUUAGUACAAACUGAAGAAACAUUUUCUAUAGUAAAUAAUUCAUCCAUAACUCUUAAUCAUAUUGAUGUCGAAGCUGAAGUAAUUAUUGAUAAAGGCUUUCAUAAACAAAUUCAAGGUGUUCUGAAAAAAAGUUUACCUUCUACUAUACAUAUUGAAUUUUUAUUUCCAUCAAAUAAUAUAUUUGAAGACGAGCAAUGGAAAACAUUAACAAAUAAUAAUUUAAAUAAUCAAAUAUUAAAAGGAUUGAUUCCAUUUAAAAUUCAUGAUGGAGAAAUCAUUCCGUGUGGUCAAAUAUUUAUUGGUUUAGCAACACAACAAUCAACAGGUAUAGGCAUGCAUGUAUUUAGUCAUUUAAUUCCAACUAUUGAACGUGAAAACAUUGAUUUGCAAGAUCCAUAUAUUUCUAUAUGGAAUGAACAACUUUUAACAUGUAUUGGAAAAAUUGUUAAAUUUAUUUAUGAUCAAACAAUUCUUGAUGUUGUUAAUAAUACUUCACAACAAUCAAAUCAGCAACUCAAUGCUAUUCUUUCUCUUUAUGCAUUUCAACCAUCAGCACCAAAUAAAGAUAUUGGUCGUAUUCUGCUUGAUGGAUUCUUCUCAUCGGAUAAAGAUGUUCUUGUUCCAGUGAAACGAUCUCCAUCCGAGCAUCAUCUUUCCUUGAUUUCAUCUACACAAGCUUUUCUUACAACUUCUAAACAUAUUCAAUCGUUUCUUCCUGUACCUCUUGUUCCAUUCGAUAUUGGGAAAAAUGAUUUUUUUAAAGCAUUAAAAAAACGUCAAUGGAUUGAAGAAAUUGAUCAUGAUACAAUUUUAGUGAAAGCUCAUGAAUCUAUUCUAGAAUUUGAUGAAUUCAUUGGAUUACUUCGUUGGUUAUGUAGUAAUGAUAUUAAUAAUAAAUCUUACAUGAAACAAAUCCUGUUAAAAAUACGUUACCGUGAAACUCGUCAAUCAUCUAUUAUUAAAUUAGAAAAAAUUGAAUUUUAUGAUACUUUGAAUUUAUCAUCUCUACCGCUUCCGCCAAAUGUAUUACCAUCAAAUGUCGUGAGUCAUAUAUCUCGAGAAGAUUUACAAAGACGAUUAUCAUUAUCGGCAAUUUCCAUGAAAAAUUUGAUUGAAUUUUACCUUGUGGAAAAUCAACAACAUCUCUUUCAGAAUGAGAAUACAUCUCGAAUUAUUCUUAGUUUCAUUUCUCAACGUUGGAAUCAAUUUAAUGAAACAGAAUCAAACAAAAUAAAAGGUAUAUUAUCUAAUCUAAAAUGCAUUCCAACAAAUCAGGGAAUGAAUUCACCUAAUGAAUCAUAUAUUCGAUCAUCCAGUUUAUCUGCCAAUUUACCGAUAAUUACACUUUACAUCCCACAAAUUUCGACUGAUAAGAAUCAGAAAGAUAAACAAGAAUCAACUGAUUAUCCAGUAUCCAUUGAAUUUCUUAAAUCAAUCGGAUGUCGAACAAUUCAUGUUCCAACAUCAACAAAUAAUUUAACGAUUCAAUCGAAUAGUUCAUCAGAUGAUUCACAAACGCUUCAAACUUUUAUUCAAGAUGUAUUGCAACAACGUAAAAAUAUGAGUGACAAUGAUCUUCGUGCAUUAAAACAGAAUCCAUGUAUUAUAGGAACAACAUUAGAAUACAAUAGUGAAACGAAACGUAAACAUAAACCAUGUGAUCUUCAUUUUCCAUCAGUAGCUAAUCGUCUUCAAUGGAAUCAGUUACCAAUUAUAGAUUGGUUGGAUAUUAAUCCACGUUCACAAGAAUAUUCUUUUCUUAAAGAACUUGGUGUAAGAGAAGUACCAGAUUUACAUAAAUUAAUCGCUCGAAUUGAUCAAGAACAUUAUCAUGGAUCAAAAACAAAAGUGGAAUAUAAAUUACCAAAUGCACUUGUUUUUCUCGCAGAAAAUUUUCAACAAUAUUAUUCCAAAGUAUGGAAAAAUGCAAAUAUUAAAAUACCUUUCCUUCCAUCAUCUUCUCCUGAUGUAAAUCAAUCAACAGAAGUUAUAUUAACAACGCCUGAAGUUGUUUUUAAAGAACCAGGACCAUUAUGUCCAUCUUUACUUCCUGAUGUGCUUCGAUGUUUUUCACAAUAUUUUGAUAUUGGAUUACUUGGUGUCAAACAGCGUCCUCCGCUAGCCAUGGCUUUUGAUAUUUUAAUGGAAAGAAGAAAUCAAUUAUUAACUGUUGAAUCUGCUCCAACAUAUUUUUCUUAUUUCAAUAAGUUAGAGGGUCUUAAUAGAGCAUUUAUUCAAAGAAUUUCUAAUAGAGCAUUUAUUCCUUUACCAGGAAGUAAUAUUUUUGUAAAACCAUCUCAAGUAUUUAUUCGGUCAAAAUGUUCAUCAACUGGUGAAGCGUCUCCUGAUAAAGAUAUCAACGCUAUAGAUGAUACGGCAACACAUGGUCUUAUUGAUUAUUUAGAUUAUGGUCGUCCAGCUAAUUCAUUUCUUCUUAGUAUUGGAGUUCUUUCUUAUCCAUCAGCCGAAAAUCUGGCUGAUUUAUUGAUUGAACGACAAGCAUCUUAUUUUGCUCAAAUGAAAGACUAUACUAACGAUAUGAUAUCAGCUAAAUUAUAUAUUUAUACAAAUUGUUUGAAACAAUUAGCUGCUGUAUCAAAUGUUGCACAACAUUUGAAUGUUGAACCACUACGAAGUCGUUUAAUUAAUAAACCAUGGUGUUUAGCUUAUCAAAUAAUCGAACGAUCUGAUGGAAAUAGAGAACGAGUUUUCAAAAUUGCUAAACCAACAGAUAUUUAUUUGGAUGAUGAUCAUCAAUCUGCAAUUGAUCUUCGACCAUUAUGUGCACCUGAUGAACCAGAAUUAACUAAAUUAUACGAACUAUUUGGAUCAAAAUGGUUGUCAGAAAGUGUUAAACGAACGUUGAUGCAUAAAGGAAAGUUUUUUGCAACAGAAAGAAGCAAAAAAUUACACGAUCUAAUUCAUUAUCGCUUGGAUAUGUUAUUUGUUAAUAAUAGAGGAGAGCGGAUGGACAAUAUUGAUGAAAAAGGUAUUGAAUUACUACGAACAAAAUUUUUUGUUUAUGAAACUGAAGGAAUUCAAUGUCAAUUAACUUUUCAGAAUCGAACAGUCACACUAAAUUCAAUUGAAUGCAGUUCAUGUGCCUUGGAACAUGAAAAAAAUAAAGUUACUUUAUAUAUUCAAAAAGAUAUUCCAACUCUCGAUUACAUCGAUAUUGCUACUGAAUUAACACGAUUUGUUUAUAAAAAACCACUUGAUGCAUUAGUUCAUUCUAUCAGUGACAAACUUGCUUCACCAUUGGAAACGCUCAAACGACGUGGAAUUCCUGUAGAUCGAUUGUUAAAAAUUGCACAACAACAACAACAACAACAACAACCAAUCAAAUUGGCAUUACAAAAUGAACAAACAAAAAUCGAGAAGAAUGUACAAAAACCAUCAUUACAACAUCAAGAACAGUCAUUUCAAUUACAAGAAGUACAGCAAAUAGAUCAUAAACUAGAGCAACAUCAACAAAACGAUCAAGUACACCGAGGAUUUUUUCAAAGUUUGAAAGAUUUUUUGGUUCCUAUUCGAUAUUCUCCUUCUUCUCUUCCAAAUAAUUCUGUUGAUAAUAUUUCAAGUAUAGUUGAAAGAGAUUGUAUCAAUCAUUUUGGACGAUAUAAAUCUUCUGAUGAAGCUGACAUUGAAGCAAUGAUUCGAACAAGUCGAUCCUAUUCUGCAACCGAAUUUAAUCAAUCAGAACAUUCUAGAAAUGAAAGUAAUAAUUCAUGUGAAUUUGUUCCAGCUUCAACUAUGAUUCGUUAUGAUCAUUAUCUUCAUGGAAUUUCUCUUUAUAUUGAUCGGAAUGUAACCCUAACUGAAACCAUGAUUGAUCAGGGCAAACAAUUGGCUUGGUUACUAUCUGGUCUUGCAAAAGAUGUUUUUAACAUGUCUGUGCAAACAAUGCAUCUAUUUCGUGAUAUUGAUAGUGCUCGUAUUGCUUUCAAUAGUAAUGGUGCAUUAUUCUUCAAUCUUCGUUAUUUUGAACAAGUAUUUGCCGAUGAACUUAAACCAUACAUUCAUAAUACUUCAUCAUCCAUUCCUAUUGUUCGUACUAUAGUUAAUUUUUAUUUUAUGGUUGCCUGUCAUGAAUUAUCACAUAAUGUUGAUUCAAGUCAUGAUUUAAAUUUUAUUAGUCGUCUUGAAAGAGUUUCUGUUCGAUUUAUGGAUGCAAAAGAUGUAUUUCUAUCCAAAUUUUCUUUUCAAUAA